UACUUGUUCGCCGUUUCUCCACGCUGCUCGUCGCAGCUACGCAGAUAGAAGGUUUUAAAUCGCGAUUUCUCUGAUCUGUGGCAAAGUUUUUAUUUUACAGCGACAAGCAAACCAGAACACCACCAACAACUCCUAUCAAGUGAUUUCGUUUUGUACCUCUUCCACCGGAAGGUAUUUCCCCCCCGUCAACCCCAGAGGUCGUGCGUGAAUAUUCGCGUGCAGUUUUUAUUGUCGUGGUUGUUUUUGUGUGUAGUAUUCUUCGCUUGUUUACACCCCGCGACGACGGGAGAAAGUGUCAGAAGUGUCUUCGCCGUGCCGGAGAAGAAAGUGUGGCAUCCGGAAAGUGCGAGCGAGACGAAGGCGCGCGCUUGCUUGAGCACGUGAGAGUGGACCACAACAGCCGUGAAAAGGGAAAGAAAAGAAGAGUUGCUUCAAAAAAGGCAAAUCGGAGAAAUUCCUCCGCAAACGUGUGGUGCAAAGGGCGCAAAAAAGUCGCCUGAAGAAACCCAAACGAAAAUAAUUUAAAGAAAAAAAAAACAGCACACGAACGUGAGUGUGUUUGUGUGUGCGUGUGCGUUUCGCGAAAGGGCGUGAAAGUGUGCGUGCGGAGGCGCAAAGGGAGGAAGCAGCUAAAGGGCGCAGUAGCGGGGUUGUGCCGUAAACACGACGAGACAAAAUGAUACACGUAGGUGACAAUACCUGGAACCUGAAGGUCCACAUCACCGACCUUCAGGUGACGAAAACGCUGCGUGUCCGGGGAGAUUUGCACAUCGGCGGCGUUAUGCUGCGUCUUGUCGAUCCAGAGAACCCGAAAGAUUGGUCCGACCACGCGCUAUGGUGGCCGGCCCGGAACCAGUGGCUGACGCGGACCAAGUCGACCCUCGACCAGGUGGGCCUGCAUGCCGAUGCCGUGCUGCACUUUACACCGAUGCACAAGACGCUGCGCGUACAGAUGCCAGAUCUGCGAUAUCUAGACUGCCGGGUUGAUUUUUCGAUCAAAACCUUCGGUGCUGUGGUGGCGCUUUGUAAGGACCUCGGCAUCAGACAUCCGGAGGAGCUGUCGCUCUGCAAACCACUCGAGCCGAUGCAUCUGAAGAAGAACUACGCCGAUCUGGCGAAGAAAAAGAUCCCGAUCGAGCAGAAUGGUAAUGGGCGGGAGUACAUCCACCUGCCGCCGGAUACAAACACCUUCAUCCCGGUGGCCAACUUGAACGGCAGUAGCGGUAGUCUGGAUGCUCCUGGCAACCAUGGUCCAUUCUCGUGCGCACCCGUGCCCAACUCGCACUACUCCACGCCGAAGCCGGCCCUACAGAGCACACCGAUCAGCUCACCGACAGGGACGCUCCGACAUGGGCACACCAGCUCCGGAUUCAGCGAGUCGUCAUCCAGCAUCGGUGAUACGACGGACAACUUGGCGUACAGUCCGUGCGCCCCGAGUCCGGAGGCCCGAUCGCGGCUCAUCAAGCCGAAGACACUGAUCGAGCGGGCACGUAUGAACAUCGGUUGGCUCGAUUCGUCCCUCUCCAUCAUGGAGCAGGGCAUUCGGGAGUUCGAGACGCUUUGCUUGCGCUUCAAGUAUUACACGUUCUUCGACCUGAACCCGAAGUAUGACCAGGUGCGCAUCAACCAGCUGUACGAGCAGGCCAAGUGGCAGCUGCUGAACGAAGAGAUGGACUGCACCGAGGAGGAGAUGCUGAUGUUCGGCGCCCUGCAGCUACAGGUGAACUUGCAGAACGAGGUACCCCAGCCGGACUCCGGUAUCGACACGUCCAGCCUGGACAAUGCGGCUGACGAUGAUGUGGAUGCGGCCCUGCGGGAACUGCAAAUUACGCUCGAGGGACCGAGCAACGGUGUGAACGCGGGUGACAUUACGCAUAUUCCGGAACUGACCGACUAUCUGCGCUUCUUGAAACCAAAAAAGUUCACGUUGAAAGGAUACAAACGCUACUGGUUCACGUACAAGGACCUCCAUCUGUAUCUGUACAAAUCGCGUGAAGAUGCGCGAUCGAACGCUCCACCCCAGGUGUCGAUCAAUCUGCGUGGUUGUGAGGUGACACCCGAGGUCAACCUGGCGCAUAAGAAGUUCAACAUCAAGCUAGAGGUACCCCUGGAACAGAGCGUCAACAGUGAGAUGUGGAUCCGGUGCGAUAAUGAGGAACAGUACGCGAAGUGGAUGGCCGCCUGCCGGUUGGCCUCGAAGGGCCGCUCGUUGGCGGACAGUUCGUACGACAGCGAGGUCGCCAGCAUUCGCUCGUUCCUGAGCAUGCAGAAGCCGGCACAGGCGCCCGCGAUCAACAUCAACCCGAGUGCGAUGGACCCGAACGAGUAUCUGGCGCCGCGGUACGCCAAGAAGCUGAAGGGUAAGGCCAUCCAGCGCAUGCUGGAGGCGCACGCGAACGUUAAGGACCUGCCACUGGUCGAGGCGAAGCUUAGCUACAUCCGUGCGUGGCAGAGUCUGCCCGAGUUCGGCGUUACACUGUUCGUGAUCAAGUUCGAUGGCCACAAGAAGGAGGAGCUGCUUGGUGUGGCGAGCAAUCGGAUCAUGAAGAUGGACAUUACCACGGGCGAUCAUUUGAAGACGUGGCGUUACAACACAAUGAAGGCCUGGAAUGUCAAUUGGGAAAUCCGGUGCAUGAUGGUGCAGUUCCAGAAUGAAACGGUAGUGUUCUCCUGCCUGUCGGCGGACUGUAAAGUGAUACAUGAGUUCAUCGGAGGAUACAUUUUCAUGUCAAUGCGUUCGAAGGAAACGAACCAAACACUUAACGAAGAGUUGUUCCAUAAGCUGACCGGAGGAUGGAACUAGAUGGAACCUCACGGGUUUUUCGCCGAUUUCUUAAUUGCUGGCCUUUUACAAGCGAGCAUCUUUUCCACGCCGGAGUGGAACAGGAACAAUAACGGUUCAGAGCCGGUUUAAAAGUUGAGGAGUUAAUAAGUUUAGGAGCAUAGAUAUCAAAAAAGGGUUAAGCUAAUUUUUGUGUAAAAGUUUUAAUUUUGUCAUAACCUGUUUGUUCGUCACUGUCCUGUACAUAACAUUAGUGUAGAGCAAAAGGAUUUUUUUUAUUUUUGUUUACCUUACCUUUCUUACAAAUCUCUAUAAAUUCCUAUCCGUGUGUCCGCUUGUUUUUUUUUUAAUUCUAAUGCAGAAAAGAGUACGAUUCACUAUCGACAUAUUUUUUGUUUUAGUUCUGCACAAAAGCGAUUCUGAUUUUACUCACUUCUUGAAAUUCAAAGUUCUGUUUACUUACAGAAACAAAACCAAUUCUGAAACAGGAAAACAAUCAGAUGCCUUAAUAAUGAGUAGUUAGCAAUGGUGUUGAAAGUAUUGUGUCGCUACGGAAGCCAACAAAACAUUAAACGCACUAAUCUGAAUCAGAUGGCACCGAAAUAUGUGGUGAAGAGAGGUACACGGAAUUCACUUACGACAAUCGUAAUCAGGAAAAAUGUUUACUUUCCCUCCUGUUCCUGGGACGCCCCGGGGUCGGAGCAGAGAUCAAGUGUCCUAACAUGGUGCCUUAUAUUCGCAAAUUAUAAGGGAAAAUAACUGUCGAUCCAUCGCACGUGUUAUCACGCAAAUGUUUUGCAAACGUUCGUACGACGGUUCGUUUGUCGUGUUUUUUUAUCAAUUAAAUUAGCUGUUUCUAAUUGUAACCGAUACUAGUUAACAAAACGUCUUUAACUGCGUGUAAACUAUGAGAGUUACACAACCUGUCGUCCGUUCUACUUAACUUUCUAACGGGUGUGACUUGGGGAAACACCCCUUUUUGUAGGAAAUGAUUUCAAUUACACUGGCAUUAAUCACAUUUGUUACUUGCCCGGUUGGAGUGCGAGCAGACCAAAUCGGAUAUGCCGCUGGCACACAGCACCGUCUUAUAAAAUGUAUUUGUUUUUCAGUGGAAAACACGUUAGAACUAAUUUUAGU